AUGAAUUCCGGCGGAGGUAACUACACCAUGGCGUCUCUGUACGUCGGAGACCUGGAUCCAGAUGUUACGGAGUCGAUGCUGUUCGAGAAGUUCUGCCAAGCUGGGCCCGUGCUCUCCAUCAGGGUAUGUAGGGACAUGAUCAGUCGUCGCUCGCUCGGCUAUGCCUACGUGAACUUCCAUCAACCGGGCGAUGCCGAGCGUGCGUUGGAUACGAUGAAUUUCGAGCCGCUCAAGAACCGUCCCAUGCGUAUCAUGUGGAGCCAGCGAGACCCUUCACUCCGUAAGUCCGGCGUCGGCAAUGUCUUCAUCAAGAACCUGCACAAAGAUAUCGACAACAAGGCGAUCUUCGAUACGUUCUCGGCGUUCGGCAACAUUCUAUCGUGCCGAGUGGCGACCGACGAGCAGGGCAACUCACGCGGCUACGGAUUUGUGCAUUUCGAGACCGAAGAAGCAGCUAAUGAAGCUAUCAACAAAGUCAACGGUAUGUUGCUGAACGAGAAGAAAGUCUUCGUCGGCAAGUUCGUGCCCCGAUCCGAACGAGAGCGCAUGAUGGGCGACAAGGCCCGCCUCUUCACCAACGUGUACGUGAAGAACUUCGGUGAAGAGCUCGAUGACGGGAAGCUCAAAGAGAUGUUCGAGGUUUACGGAAAGAUCACCUCAGCUCGAGUCAUGACCGACCAGACCGGAAAAUCGAGAGGCUUCGGCUUUGUUUCAUUCGAGAAUCCUGACAACGCUGAACAGGCUGUCAAGGAACUUAACGACAAAGAGCUCGGAAACGGCAAGAAAAUAUAUGUCGGUAGAGCUCAGAAGAAAGCCGAGCGCCUCUCGGACCUCAAGAGGAAAUUCGAACAACUUAAAAUGGAACGUAUGACUCGGUACCAAGGGGUGAAUCUCUACGUUAAGAACCUCGACGACGUCAUCGACGAUGAAAGACUACGACGUGAAUUCGCGCCAUACGGUACGAUCACCUCUGCCAAGGUAAUGAUGGACUCAACAGGAGCCCGUUCGAAAGGAUUCGGAUUCGUGUGCUUCUCAUCUCCCGAAGAGGCCACCAAGGCUGUCACGGAGAUGAACGGUCGCAUCAUAGUACAGAAACCCCUGUACGUUGCCCUGGCUCAGAGGAAGGAGGACCGUCGCGCUCAUCUGAGCUCUCAGUUCGUCCAAAGAUUCACGGGAGUGCGCGUACCAUUCGGCCAAAUGCCCUUCAAUCAUUCCACUCCGACGAGCUUCAUUGUGCCGGCCUCAAUGCACCCGCGGGCCUUCUUCGCCAGCGGAAACGUUGCCAACAACGUUCGCCCCCAGAGAUGGGCGGGAGGACAGCAGAUCCGCGUCUCAGGCCAAUACGCCAUGGCCGGAGGAGCUCCGAUGGCCACGGCAGCCGCCGCCAACUUCCAGAGAGCACCGCGUCCCACCAUGCAGGGUCAGAACGCCGGGGUUGCGGCCGCUCGCAACGCGACAAUGAGUUCAACGCGCCCCAUAACUAGCACGAUCCACGGCGCCGCCGGCUCUGGGACUCAGAGCAGGAACCGCGUGGGAGUCGCACCCCAACAAGCGCCAAACAGCCGCCCCACAUUCAAAUUCACUAACAGCGUUCGCAAUGCUCAACCGUCUACGCCAGCUGGUGCUGCGCCGAUGAACGCCAGCAACGCCGUGCUCGUCCAAGGCCAAGAACCCUUGACCACUCAGAUGUUGGCCGAAGCCUGCCCAAGGGAUCAAAAGCAGAUGCUGGGAGAACGACUAUUCCCAUUGAUCUACGCCAUGCAUGCAGAUCUCGCAGGAAAGAUCACAGGAAUGUUGCUCGAAAUCGACAACUCUGAACUUCUGCACAUGCUCGAGCACAGCGAAAGUCUCCGAGCCAAAGUCGAGGAAGCCGUGGCCGUACUCCAGGCCCAUCAAGCCAAGGAGGAAAUCUCACGAACCCAGAACCCGCCUGAUGCGCCCAAGACGAUGGCCGAAGUCGUCGCUGCCGGCAAGAAAGACUAAGACGACGCCCGACCCGCCAAGCCCCUCCAGACAAGACCCAUCCGACAAGUACAACAGCCUUAAAAUGAACAGCAACAGCAUUUGGAGGGGCGAAACAUCCUUCUCGAUACCUUUGAAUUUGAGUUGAAACAUCACUCUAUGAAGUAACGAAGACAUCUUACAUCUAUUUCGCGCUGAAGCGAUCCUCGUCGUGCUGAAGUCUCUUCUUCCGACCCCCGAACACCGGGUCCAACGAAAGGUUGAAAGCAAGUUGAGCAUCUCAAGCAGCCGAGAGGGAAAGCGUGGUAAAUCGCAGAAAAUCAGUUCAAACAAGGUGUCAUCCUGUUUGUUCUGAACUUUGAGACAUAAGCAUAAAACAAGGUGAAAACCUGAAGCAUUCUCGGAAAAAAAAACACCAAAAAAAUCGCAAAACCCCAAGAAAAACUCCGCGUCAACAGUGGUCGAAACGCGGAGCCAAAAAAAACCUUCAAGGAAGACGCAACCUUUAUUUCAAGCAACCUGUAAAAUGAAGAACGACAACAUCAACAAUUCAACAAGCGAGUGUUCUGCUCCGGCCCCGUCGCAACUUGAAACGCCGUCGGAGUGCAGACGGAACGAAAGCAGAAAAUCAGCCGAGGAAUCUCCCGACGAUUCCUCGGUUUGCAAGUUACAAAUGAGAUUCGAUCAACACCAUCAAUCUGAAAAAAAAGAAACAGCCACAGCAUCUACAUCAACUGUUGAAGCACAAUUCGGCCUUCCCACCUCAAUCAUUAUUAUGAUCAUAUACCCAACUAUGAUGAUGAUAAAACACGAAACUAACUUCUAGUAAUUUUUCAUUUCUAUUCCAAUGAGCAUCAAGGUACUUUCAAGCAUUGCAGACACUGACGAGUUCAGCUAGAAUGUGAUGUAAGAGAGAGCACAACUCUCCGUGGUUUUUCUAUCCUUUAAUCCUUUCCUUCAAGACUUGAGCGAACAAGAUUGUUCAACUUUUUUCUCUUGGUCGCUUUUAUGAAAAAUCUUCAAAGAUGUCAUCUUCUGGAACGAAUUUAUGACCGGAAAUUCGCGCUGACCAAUUGAAUAAACGAAAAAGAUAAGCAACAUUCAUUGCAAAUACGGGAACAUAAAA